GCCUGCGCAGGAUGAACCUCCAGGUUUCCUGAGGGUUCCCAACCCUCGGGGCAGGUCCCUGGGUCGUGACUGAGAAUGGCACCCCCCCCACACACACACACCCCUCCCCGAAGAAGCCCCACUUACUUCCUCCUGUACUUGCCUUGGACUUUCCCAGAGGGUUCUCUAGUAGAGGUGUCUCGACAAAAGGUCUUGAAAGUUAGCAUGUUUUGUUUAUAAUGAUCUCCCAGGCAGCAAUUCCGUGGACUUGAAGGUCUAGAAUGGAAUUCUUUGUAGCAUUGCUAAUCCUCUAUCUCUGCAGAGUCCCUGGCUGCAGUUCUGGAGAGUGCGUUUGGGAAGGUCAAUAGUGUACCCAAUGUCUCUAGCCAGUCUUGUGUCUGGAGAACCCUCAGGGGCACCUUCAAAUACAAUAUUCAUGCCAUUCUGGCUGUGCCUUCCAAGAGUCCAUCCUCCAUCCUCUGGCUGGUUUCCUGAGAGUUGGGAUUAUAAGGAAGUGAGGAAAAAUUCAGAGGGUGGAGGUGCUCCCUUCCCAGGUGAGGAAUGGCUGCUGUCGCCAUAGAUAAUAUUCCUGUGAAAUCUUGGCACUCCCUUCCCCAAGCUGGAAGGCAAUGGGGCUUCUUCAUCAGCAGGGACUCACUGGGAACCACAGAAAGGCCAGUUCUCAAGACGCAGCCUUUUCCAGUUCACUCCAUGUUCUUAAAUCUUUGGGCAGUUAAGGACAUGUUCCCUAUGGGAAUCACAUCUGGCACCCCUCUGGCUACAGGCACUGGAAAUAUGUUCAAAAGGAAUACAUAUAUAUGUAAAAGAAAUGAAUAUAUGUAAAACAGAGGAAUAUAUUACAAAGGAAUGUGUAUAUAUAUAUAUAUAUAGAGAGAGAGAGAGAGACAGACAGACAGACAGACAGACAGAAUAUCUCACUAUGUAGCCCUGCCUCCUGGAACUCACAGGGCUCUGCCUACCCCUGCUUCUUAAGUGCUGAGACUAUAGGUGUUCAGGACACCAUGCCCAGUAGUCUAAAGAACGAAUUUGGAACUUUGUAUAAUAUACAUGUAAACCUGAUGAUUGGCCAGUAGCUUCCCGGGUGGAGUUACUCUCUCUACUCUGCUAGGCUAGUAGGUUUCUUGAGUUAAUUUGUACAUUUGGCUUCAGGCUGGUAUAGCUGCUGGUAUAGUAAAGGAUUUAUGGUUCCUGGAGGCUGACGUGGUGUCACAAUAACAGUAACUCAAGCUACCAAUGCUGGAGUAAUAUCACAAUAAAAGCCAUUUGAGUCCCCAGGAGGGAGUCUCUGAGGAUUCUUUAUUAUUCUUUUUAUUAAAAGGGGGACAAGAAUAAUUCUUGCAUGUGCAGAGAUGGGCACCUAUUUUCUCAUCAGCUCUCCACUGUCUCUAGUGAUGGGGAUGCCUCAUGCCUAAAGUGGGAUUACACAUUGAAGGUCAUGCAGGGCCAGCUGUUUUGUCUAUGUACAGUGUGAAACAUCUGGGUUUUAGUGGAUGCCAUUGUGUUCCCAGAACUGCUCCUAGUGCUAUGGACAGCCUAGGAGCCAAGGCUACUACUCUCUUUGAGGCCCUUAGGCUCUGGUCACAUACGUGCCAAGGAGAGAAUUUCCAAGAUGUUUGACCAAUCAUGGUGGGGAAUUUUUUGUAAAGCAGUUUUCCUCCAAAUUAAAACAUUCCUUUCUGGAGGGAAGGUAUUAAGACUUAGGAAAUGAACAACUAACAAGUUUCAGAUGUUCCUGAAACUUACAAGGCCCUUCCUCUCUAAAGAUAAAUAAUUAGGAGGACAGACAAUGCUUUGACCUAUUCAAGUGCCUUUCUCCAGGGUUCCAGCUUUUGUGAACCAUCACCUAUGCUGAAGUUUUUGGUGAUAUAGCUCCCUUUGAGUUGUCUCUGAUGCUGUAAGUAACCCCUCGUCCAUACUCCUGAAAUAGCCCAAAUCAACUGAUUGGUUUACCAAGUUGGGCUUUGGUAAGAUCUUUCUCUGGUCUAUUGUCAGUUCCCUAUCUGGAGUGAAUGGAUGUUUAUGUUGCAUCUUCCCAGGAAAUAGGAACACAUUUAUUAGACCUGCACUAUGUGUCUUAGAGGAGCUAAGAUGGCUCCAGACUCUCACACCUGAAAAGCCUUGUGAAAAGGGCGAGGUACAAAAAAAGGAAGCUUUUGAACCAGGAACAGAUAUAGACUGAAGAAGGCCAGGCAGGUCUGAGUUAGGUGGAAGGCAGACUUAGGCUGCAUUCUGUUCCGAUUGAAGGGGUUGGUGUAGGGAACAAUCUCAUAGGUUCCAGGAGACUUGCUGAGAUGGCUGGUUGGUUGCAAGAGUAUGUGGGACUGCCUUUCAGGACCUGCACCUGUGAGUACCACAUCUUAAGUGCCUUGCCUAACAUCCUGCCAGUCUGGCCUUAUGAGGUCAUGGGGGGAACAAAGAGGCCCACUUGGUAGGACAUGUGUCCUACCCAAUGUGCACCCAAGAGUGCAUCAGAAAUUGUCCUCUGUGGUUAGCUCGGCCUGAGCUUUCUGGGUUCCAAGAAACCAGUGAUGGAGGCAGAUGUGCUGUGUUAAGGAAUGGGGGAGGAAGCCCAAGCCCAGGAUAGGAGGUUUCUCUUUGCUUUCCCUUGUCCACCAGGAAAGUGGGAAGAACAGGUCUUCAUAGCCAGGGCUUGUCUCAAAAUUCUCCUGACUGUAUGACUUUGUACUGGCUUCUCAGUGUCCCCAAGUGUGACAGAGUUGCUGCAGAGAGUCUCUAAGUGCAUAAGGGCAAUAUGUCCUUGUCACUUACAGCAGGGCCUGGUCUGUGGGAAAGUCAAGGUCAAGCCCUUUUUGGCCCAGUCCCAGAGUCCUGUGACUCACUCCACAGAGGAGUCCUGCUGUGUGCAUUUGGCAGGAGGUAGGGGAUUUUGUUGCAGAACCACUCUUGUUUCUUAGUUUCCUAAAAUUUGUGAAGACUACCCAAACUGGGCUACUUAUGUAGGGCUUGCUCAAGCAAAGAGGUUGGCCGCUGCCAUUACUUCUGCUUGCUAGAAAUUCAUAUGCAGGUCAGGGAGCAAGACAGCUGUGUACUGAAAGAUCUCAGCAUCCAAAAACAGCCGAGCAGUGCCAGAGAAAACUCUUGUGAGCAUCUCCACAGUCAUAGGAAAUGCAGUUCUCUACUUUCCAAGCGCCACAACUCUCCUGAUAAAAUACUUCAUUCAACAGCAAUAGAAGGGGAUCUGUCCUCCAGACCUGAGGAAAGACUGAAGAUUCAUACAAGUCCUGUACCUAUGUCUUCUCGAGGAAGACUGAAGGCUCCUCACCCACAAAAUCCAGGCAAAACAAGAUGAAGUGAACAAGACAGUCUUGGCAUUUCUCCCCAGGGUUCUGGGAAGGAUGAUCCGGCAAGAAGGAAAAAUGCCGUUCGGGAUUGGAUGCUGGUGUUUCCAGAGCGGUCUAACCUGGGCAGGAAUGAGCACCUUCCACAGGUGACCGAGUAUUAAAAUGUGGCCCAGUUUAAAGAAAAAGCAGUGCUGGCUGCCUGCCUUCCCUAGGUCUGGAGCCAGUAUGUCUGUCUGCUGCUACUGUCCUCUGCUAACGUUAGACUGAAGUUUCUUCAGCCUUCUCUAACACGAACGGAACACCAGUGACUCUUCAGGAAUUUUCCAGGCCUUCAGCACCAGAUUGAGACUGCAGAAUCAAUCAACUUUUGGAACCAAACAGCCUCUCUAGUGUUGUGUCUCAUGUACCCCAGGCUAGCCUUGAGUUCACUGCAUCCCUGAGGAUGACCUUGAGCUUCUCCUGACACCAUCUCCCAAGACAGAGAUGUGAGCGAACUCUCAUGUUCCUGCUGCUACAGUUAUGAGCUGCUCCUACUGCUACAAUGGACUGGGAGCCAGAACAAAUCAUUCUUUCCUACAGUUCUUUGUAUCCGGUAUUUUGUCAAAGCAACAGACAUGCCCUAGGUUUAUUUCCAUGGUGAUUCCCAGGAGAUUGAAAAUCAAGACUGACUACUGCAUACUACAAAGUUCCAUCGAGCUUUCGGAAGAGCUCCCGUGAUGCUGGUAGCUGUUCCUGCUUCUCUCCCAGUGCCUCCAGGCAGCACCUGCACUCGUAGGUCCUCGGCACAGGCAGAGAGUACAAGCUCGGAGAAUCACAGCCCUUAACAGUCUCCAUCACCCUGGCCUGAGGACAGAAGACGGCAUUUUCUGCACCCCAAGGAGCUGGAACAAUGUCCUCUGAACCCAUCUAUGUAGCCAUGUUUCUGUAGCCACUGCCCAUGGUCCUGGAAAAACAGAGGUUAAGCCAUCAAUAAUUCUUUUGUUCUUCAGUGAAAAUCCACCAGUAACUGACAGAUUAAACUCAGGGCUUUUGCGCACACUAGGCAAGCACCUUGCCUCCAAGUUAUAUCCCAUCUCUAUGCCAAUAACAUUUAUUUUCCUGUCCCCACUCCUCGACAUUCUCUUGGUCAAGACUUCUAGCACAGGCACUACACUGAGUCCCAGUACCCUUGAGGUUGAGGAGACCAUGGGUCCACUUUGAGGUACUCUUGUGAGAGAAUCACCGGGAUGCAAGGGGAUGACUACAGGCUGGUACAGCUACCCUGGCCAGUGGAAACAGGCUGUGGUUUCACAACGGAAUGUCUAGAGAGUAGAUGAUGUCCUGCAGCUCCAGUCUCGUGAUUAACAUCGGUAGAAAGACUCCACUGCCCAAUCGAGGCAGGACUGCCGAGGGCGCAGACCCUUCAGGAAUGAUGGCUUAGGUCAACCACCAGGUAAAGGACCACAAUCAGUUGAAGCACUCGCAGAAGCAAAGAGACAUUCAGGAAGAUGGUUAUAAAUACCAGCCAGGCCAUGUGACUGGCUGCAGCCCUGAGCCUAUGAAGGUUACAGAAUUUUUUCCUAUGCUGCGAGCGAAUAUGACUGAAUGAUUCUUUCUUCCCCGCUCCAGACCCCUGCACCUAGUAUUUGGGUUCCGAGAGCUGCUAAUUUUCUGUCUUUGGAUUUGCUGCAGCUAGCCAGAAGGGGGAUGGAUAAGGACACAGGACCUCCCCUCUCUGUGGGGGUGAGGACGUGCAUCUGUCUAUGCAGUCCCAGCUGUCUGUUAGGUAAAAGUGGAACCUUGGUUUUAUUCAGAAAUCUCACCAAAGAGUUUCAUUUUUGUAAGAGGUUCAAAACAGGCAGGUCCUUAGAGACAGAAAAUGGCUUCCUGGUGUUGGGGGGGGGGAAUACUGGGAAGAGUGGGUGCUAAUGGCAGUAGGGAGAUAGGAUCUGGUAUGCUAGGAACAUUCAAACACCAGAUGAUGGUGGUGGUCUGGUGGAGUUACUGAAAAUCACAGAUCUGUGUGUUUACUCAGAGCAAAUCAGAUCCCAUGCCAAUUAGAUGCAAUGGGGUUUCUUGUUUUAUAAGUGACGUUAUCUGUAGAUGCCAGGGGGAAGGGGGAAUCUGCAUGGUGUCACCUUCCCUGAACUGAGGGUAGCAGCCAUGAGUGUGGAGGUGAAGCAGGGACUCUCUUUAGACCUCACAUUUGUUUCUGCCUGGCUCCCUAGAGCUUCUCCCUGAAGUCUUGGGUGCUGGCCUCCUCCUGUGCUAUUCACAGGUCGGUGUUGUACAAAUGUCUGCCACAGAUUUUCUGAGAGCUCAGCAAUCUAGAGGACCUCCUGUUUCCCACUUCCCACCCACAGGGAUUCCAGCUGGCUACUGGCUACUGUGCCAGCCAGGACCUGUUCCACGGGCCACCAGCCCCCCUAGUCAAGCAGGGGUCGUCUGUAUUGGCCCUAGUCCUCCCUAUGAAAGGCCUGGGGAGCGUCUGUCUCCAGUUCUGGUUUCUAGUACAUGGCCAUUCUCGGUCUUAUGCCUGCUCUCAUUUUCCCUUUCCUCAUCCCCCCUUUUAUUUUUAACCUCAAAUACAGACUACAGCAGAAGCCUGAGAUCAGCAGAGACCUCAUCCAGUCCCCAGCAACCUGUACAGACACUCUGUGCCCUGUGGUAAAGCACACACAACCAAAUUGUUCAUCUUUGCUGUGACUAAAUGAUAGGUUGGCGGCACUCACUCUCUGCUGCCCAUCCUCCAAACAGAAACUGUAUGAAACACAGACUCUCCCCCUUCUCAGCCCCCAUCAUCCGACCCUGCCUUCUAUCUCUGUAAAUCUGAAGUCUCCAGGGACCUCUCAGGAGAGGAAUCCAUGUCUAUAUGGUAGGCUUCUUUCCCUGGACAGUGUCUAGAACGUUCUGUCCUCCACACCUUUCCCCAUGCCUGUGCAGGCCACCACUUCUCACCUUCCCACAGCAGUCUUCCAUACUUCCUGGUUCAUCCCGCUCUCCUCUAAUCUAUCUACAUAACCUGUAGUACGACCAUCUUUAUACUGGCAUUGGUGGCCAGCAUGGUGACCUUGCUUAGACUGUGUUUCCAUCCCCCAACUAGUGCUAUAGAUCGUACCUCUAAAGAGAGGGAGGAAAAGCCAGAACCAACCAAAUACUAAAGACACACACUCUCUCUCUCUCUCUCUCUCUCUCUGUGCGUGCGUGUGUGUGUGUAUGUGUGUGUGUGUGUGUGUGCCUGUAUGUUAUGCACCUGGAUAAUAGUCACUUGUGUUCAUCUCGGUCUAGGACAAGUGUUCAAUUCUGUCUUGGCUCAUUUUUCCUUACUAUGUCAAAAUUUCUGAAUCUGGGGAAAGUGGAAGAAAAGAGAUUUGUAUAGGUUUAAGGGCAUGACAAAUUACAUCAGAUUGCCUUGGUGACAACCUUGUGAUGAUGGUGUCACGAUGGCUAUAGGUGAGAUGGGAAGUGAAAGAGUGGGAAGGGGUCAGAGUUUGUGUGUGUGUGUGUGUGUGUGUGUGUGUGUGUGUGUGUGUGUGUGUGUAAGCAAAUAUGGACAGGAUUAUGUCUUUUAGGUGUAUGUUUGUGCACGUGCAUUUGCAAAGGCCAGAGGUCAAGCUCUGUCAUUCCGCAGGAGCCAGUCACCUUCUGGUUUGAUAUAGGGUGUCUUCUGAAACCCACACAUUGGAGAUAAGGCUAAAUUGAUUGGCCAAUAAACCCCAGGGGCUCCAUCUGUGUCCCCAGCACUUUGAUAUCAAGCACGGGACACUGGUUCUCUGUGUGGACAUCAGGUGUAGAGCUUAGGACCAUUUGCUUGUGGGCAAGCAUUUUACCUGCUUGUGGGCAAGCAUUCUACCCGGUCUAGCUCCUCGUGUUGUUUUGCUUUGUUGUUGUUUUGUUUUUUGUUUUUGUUUUGUUUUUUGGCGGACGUUUGCAACAAUCUUCUUUGAGAAACCAGCUGGUGUCCUUGAGAUCUACUUAUCCCUCCCAAGAACUUUGUCCCCAGAGAUACUAGCCCCAGGACUUCUGACAGAGCCACAAUGAAGACCAAGCCUCCAACACAGAAACUUUUGAGGGGAAUUCAAGCUACACCCAAUCCACAGAGCCACAAUCCUUCCUCCUAUUAGAGGCUCUUACUGGGGAGCAAGGAGUCAGCAGAGUUGUUGAAGGCAGCAUUUGACAUACGAGACCCCUGAGGACUUUUGCUGCAUUCUGGUAAAUGUUAGUUUUGUGGUGACACAGUUUCCAGGCCAUAUGCAUGUGGGGACCAACAUUCUGCCAGUGUCUCAAAGACCUCUGCUGGAAUCUAUAGCACACUGCCUGUCUCUGCUUUCCUUCCUCUCCUCUCUCCUUCCCUUCCCUUCUCCCUCUCUUCUCUUCCCAUGUUUCUGUCCUUCCUCUUUUCCGUUUUUUUCUUUCCCUUCCCCACUUGUCUCUCUCCUUCCUCCUCCUCCUCUUCAUCUCUCUCUCCCUCUCCUCUCUCCUUCUCUCUCUCCUUUUCUCUUCCCUUCUUGCCUCUGCUUUCCUCUCCUUUUCUUUCCCCCCUCUUCUUCCCUCUUCCCCUUCCUCUUCUCCCCCCCUUCCCCUUUCCUCCCCUCUUCCACUUUCAGCCUCCUCCCUUCCCCCAGGUAUCUCCCACCUCAGAAGCCCUCUUGAGGGAACCUCUCAGGUCCCUGGCUGCUUCCGGCCCUGCUGGCUUCCUGCUGUUGCUGUCAGCCGGGAGGCUAUUGUUCCACCUGGGUGAGAUCACGUCCUGUUUUCAGGUCUUGGAAAUGGACAGCACGUGUGGUCUGCUCAUUUCAUCUCUCUCCAAAAAGGAAGCAUAGGCAGGACUGAGUGUUGGAUAAAAGUUGUAGCCGGGAACUUUCUUCGCUGUGGUGCUGCCUUUUCCCUGGACAUCCACCCACUGAGAAACUGGAGCCACCUGAAGGCCCCAGUACAACCACAUUUUCAUCUACUUGGGUGACUUCAUUAUUAUGAUAUCGCGAAGUGAUGACUUUCUAAUCCUAUCUCUCACUGAACAUUUAUUAGCUGACACUGCUGCAAAACAAACACAAACAAAACAAAAAUACCAUCCAGACUUUUCUUCUCCGUGACAAAGUAAGUAGUAAACUACUUUUAGGAUGAACCCACUGCCAGCUGCUGUGAUCUGUCAUUUACCCUGAAGUUAAGGACAAUGCCUAUCCCCAGUGUGGCCAGCAGGAGCUGUCUUGGCUCCUUUGUCUUGUUGACAGUGCCCUGCACCUGACUUACUCACUUUUGGUCCUGAGAGCCAUCUCUGCUAUUUUUUGCCUGCUUGUGGAAUUACCAUCACUCCAAGAAACUCUUCCUUUUAUCAGAAAAUGGUAAUUUUAGGGGACCCGUGAAAUGGCUCAGCAUGUAAAGGGGCCUACGACCAGUCCUGGUGACAUGAGUUCAACACCUGGAACUCCUAAGUGAAAAAAAAGAGAAGUAAAUCCCGAAAGUUGUUCUCUGACCUCUGAAUACAUCUCUCUCUCUCUCUCUCUCUCUCUCUCUCUCUCUCUCUCUGUGUGUGUGUGUGUGUGUGUGUGUGUGUGUGUGAGAGAGAGAGAGAGAGAGACAGACAGAGAGACAGACAGAGAGAGAUGUUAAGAUGUGACAUUUGGACAGCAACAGUCCACUGAGGACUAGUAACCUGGGCCCAUCCUCAUCUACACAAUUGCAUCUGUAUCCAGCUAAAUGUUGACUGAUCCCAAGAUAAAGACAAAAUGGAAGUUAAUUCUGAGCUCUGUGAUUCUGGCCCAGUAGCUGGUGAGUCUUCCAAGCUCUACCCUGACAUUGCCUGUCAUUUGAUCUCUGUGACAAGACAUAGGGCUCCCCCAUCCUCAACAUGCCCAACCAUGUCUCCAUUUUCCAAACCAUGCUGUGGGUCCUUGUCCCUGACUAUAUCCUUGGCCCCAGCAGACUCUAGCUUCUUCUCAUCCCUGACCCCAGCCCUGUUCCCUGUGUCCCCAGUUCUCAAGCAUUCAGACAACUUUAAAGAAAAGAAAGAGAAAUGGAGAAAAGCAAUGUGUGUUGUAGCUACGGGGAACAGAGGAGUGGGGGAAGAUGAACCCCAAUUCCACUCCCCUGUCAGGAGGACCUGCAUCCUGGCUUGUCCCAUGCACAUGACCAGGCAGAGUGUUUCAAGUUCACCAGGGACCGGAGCUCCCAGCUCUGUGACUGAGAAAGGGAGCAACCUUCUGACCUUAUUGUACCAGGUAGCAUCGCUGACAGGGACUGAGCCAUCCAGUAGUCCCAAUGGAGAUUCAUCAUGGAAGGCCAUCAGCAGCAGUAGGAAGAAGCAUUAAGAUGGGCAGGAAAGAAACCAAGGGGAUCUGGUUGUAAGAACAUGGCCCACUGACAACCUGAUGAGCUACCGGUCAGACAGUGUGGGGGCUGUGAAGAGACGUAUGAGGAGGGGGUGUCAGACGGUGGUGUUCCAAAGCAAUGGUUCUCAACUUCCCUUAACCUGUGACCCUUCAAUACAGUUCCUCAUGCUGUGGUGAUCCCAACCAUAAAUUUGUCAUUGUUACUUCAUAACUGUAAGUCUGCUACUGUUAGGAAUUGUAAUGUGACUAUCUGAUAUGCGACCCCUGUCAAGGUCGUGAUGCAGGUUGAGAAGCUGGUUCUAGAAGCUCAGGAAGACUGUAGGAUGGGAGCCAGAGCUGGGAUGUGGAAGAGAAAGGUGCAAGGGCUCACAAAAGGAAGAGGGAAACUGGCAGGAAGGAGAUACCUGGAGAAAUCAGACACUCCGGGAUUCAGGCAGCUCAGGAAAGCACCUUUGGGAAGAGGGACAAGGGAGGACACACAUGCUAGAGUGCUACAGUGUCAGAGUUCUAAACUGGUCCCAAUGAACACACUCUACACCUUGAGAAUAAUGCUGGGGUCAAUGAGAAGGCUCAGUGGGUUAGGUGCUUUUGCUGAACCCGAUAGCCCGAGUUGGGACUAUCAUCCUAGGGAGCCAUACGCUGGGAGGAAAGACCCAACUCCUGGGAGUCUGAAAGCUGUCCUCUAAUCUCCACUGUAAUCUCUGACACUGUAGCUUGAACAUGAGUUUGUGCAUGCAUCUCUCACCAAACAAAUACACACACACACACACACACACACACACACACACACACACACACACAAUGCUAGAUGUGAGAAAAGUAAGUUCUAUAGCUCUGAAAAAAUUAACUUUGGACCUGGUAUAUGCGUGCGUGCAUGUGUGUGCAAGCAUGCUUGCCUGCUUGCUUGCUAGUGCACAUGUAUGUAUGUGUGUAUCUGUGCAUGAGGAGGUCGGUGGUCCAUGAGUCUCUCUUUGAUGGCUUUCCUCUUCAUUGUUUUGAAAUGAGGUCUCUCACUGAGCUUGGAGUUCACUCAUCAGGCUGGUUGGCCAGCAGGCCCCAGGGGUCCUCCUGUUUCAGCCUCCCCAGCACUUGGGGCUGCAGGUGAACACCACCACACCGAGCUGGACAUGGUGCUGGACAUCAAACUCAGAUCCUCAUGCCUGUUCAAGCACUUUGCUGACUAGGCACUCUCCCCAGCCCAUACACGAGUCUGUACAGACAGUAACUAUGAUUUAAAUGCAGAUGGGAUAAAUCCAGGGCAUGCUCCAGAAAGAGCCACUAUACUAAUCCUUUGAAAGACAUACUCAAGCAACCAGAGAAGCAAGUUCUGGAAGGUGAUAGAAGGAAGGAACCUGCGGAAGAUGUCCUUCACAGUAAAAAGAACCUGGACGUUUCUAGAAGUCAGGGGUUGUUUUUCUUUAAGUUAUUUUAUAUCGAUGAGUGUUUUACCUGCAUGUAUGUAUGUACACCAUUUAUGUGCAGUGCCCUUGGAGGCCAGAGAGGGGUUGGAUCCCCUGGGACUGGAAUUACAGCUGGUGGUGAGCCACCAUGUAGGUCCUCUGUAAGAGGAGCCAGUGCUCUUAGCUGCUGGGCUGUCUCUCCAGCACUAAUCAAGUCCAUUUUUAAAUGUUAAGUGGAAGUUGCAUUCCAAGGACAAAGCUCGCUUUAUAGGUUGCUUUGGAUUGGUUAAUUUUCUUUUAGAAUUCUUACAUCCACAUCCACGAGGAAGAAAUACAGUGGUUCAUCUGGUUUGGAAUCUGAGCCACGCUGGCAUUAUAAAGACAAUUAGGAUGGUUGCACCUGUAGGUGUAUUUUGGGGGGCUUCUUUAUCGGGUUCUUACACCUCUUCCACCCUCCCAACCCUUAUUCUACCCUAAGCCCUUCCAACCCCCCCAGUACUAGGUAGGAGAAGGAAGGUUAGAAGGGAAAGGGAGCGUAGACCUCUUUAGACAACUUCCCGCUGAUUAGAGCACUGAGUCCCUUGGAGGAAGCUCAGUCUUCAUUGUCAGGAUACCCUUUCUUCUUCUCAUCCCUGCUCACGACCACUUGACGACUACACUAGCAGCAUGGGGAGCAGCAGUUGCUCCUGGCCCUCUCGGGACUCUCGCACUUAUACUCUCUCAAGAGUCCCCAGAAUGCCAAUCGUAAAUUAUCUGCAGCUGGCAAAAAUCAUGCCCCUUCUAGAGUAUGAGACCCAUCAUAGCAGCUGUGGACAAUCUGAAGCAGUUCCGUAUCCCACACCUGGGAUUUAAAAAAACCACAUUCACAUAACAUAACUGGGCUUUUAAGAAAAUCAGAAUUCUCACUAUAGCAUCCUUUUCAAGGUUUUCUGGAUACGUUUGUAUAGGUUGGUUUUCUUUCUUCCUUAAGUCUUUAGUAGAAUUCACUAAUGUGGCCACGUAGACCUGGGGUUUUCUUUUUUGCAAGGUUUUACCCAGUGUCCUAGCUUGCCUUCCGUUGCUAUGAUAAACACCAUGACCACAAGCAACUUGGGGAGCACAGGGUUUAUUUCAUUUUAUAGUUUACAAUCCAUCACGAAGAAGACAGGUCGGAGCUCAAGGUAGCAACCUGGAAGCAGGGACUGGAGCAGAGGCCAUGGAAGAAUGCUGCUUGCUGGCUUGCUUCUUGUACUUCACUCAAACUGCUUCCUCUUCUUUUCUUUUCUUUUCUUUUCUUUUCUUUUCUUUUCUUUUCUUUUUUUUCUUUGCUUUUUUUCUUUUCUUUUUUCCUUUGCUUUUUUUUUUUCUUUUCUUUUCUCCUUUUCUUUUCUUGGUUGGGUGGAGGAUAUAUUAUUCUGUUUUGUGGAUACAUGGGAAUUUUCACAAUAAAAAAGUAAAAGGGAAACACAGAGAGAGGAGUUGAAUGUUUACUUUAAGCCAAGUAGGAAGGGCAGAUAUUGCCUAGAAUAUCUGUGUCUUCUUGGUCCCUUUCUAUGUAUUGUCCUUUGCUUAGAGCUCCUUUAUGAAGAUUACACCUUUGCUUCACUCGACCUUCAAACUCUUGUCAUAGUUGAUUGUCCCAGGUAAAGGGUUGGGUUUUAAACAAUGACAUUAUGUAAGCAAAGUCUCUCGGUUUGAAUGUGAACUGUCCCUCAGAGUCUCAUAUGUUUUUAACAUUUGGCUCCCAGCUGGGAAGGGUGUAAGACUUUCAGGAGCGGGAGCCUUGCUGGAGUUAGUCCACUGGAGAGGGACUUUGAGGCUUUAUAGCCCAACCUCACUUCCUGUUCUCUUUAGCUUUCUGACUGUGGAUGCAAUGCUAUCCAGCCUCCUCCUCCUGCCACCGUGCCUCCCUGCCUGCUUCCACCUCUUCCCCAUCACGAUGAACCCAAAUAAACACUGUCUCCUUUAGUUGCAUUUGUCCAGGUAUUUUUAUCAUAUGGUAACUGAAAAGUAACUAAGACAUAGGAUGUCUAAAAUUUGGUGCUGUCAGUAUCUGCAAUUAUUGAUGCCAUUUUUGUUGUUGUUGUUGUUGGGUUUUUUUUGUUUGUUUGGUUUUUCUUUUUUUUUUUUUUGGUAGGUCUGUCCUUCAACUUGCUUCUUUUCUUUUUCUCUCCAUCUUUAUUCAAUUGGGUAUUUCUUAUUUACAUUUCAAUUGUUAUUACCUUUCCCAGUUUCCAGGCAAACAUCCCCCUAACUCCUCCCCCUCCACUUCUAACCCCUCCCCAUCCUCCCCCCAUUACUGCCCUCACCCCAGGAAUCCCGUUCACUGGGGGGUUCAGUCUUGGCAGGACCAAGGGCUUCCCCUUUCACUGGUGCCCUUACUAGGCUAUUCAUUGCUACCUAUGCAGUUGGAGCCCAGGGUCAGUCCAUGUAUAGUCUUUGGGUAAUGGCUUAGUCUCUAGAAGCUCUGGUUGGUUGGCAUUGUUGUUCAUAUGGGGUCUCAACCCCCUUCAAGCUCUUUCAGUCCUUUCUCUGAUUGCUUCAACAGAGGUCCCAUUCUCAUUUCAGUGGUUUGCUGCUGGCAUUUGCCUAUGCAUUUGCCAUAUUCAGGCUGUGUCUCUCAGGAGAAAUCUUCAUCCGGUUCCUGUCAGCCUGCACUUCUUUGCUUCAUCUAUCUUAUCUAGUUUGGUGGCUGUAUAUGUAUGGGCCACACAUGGGGCAGGCUCUGAAUGGGCAUUGCUUCAGCCUCUGUUCUAAACUUUGCCUCCCUAUUCCUUCCCAAGGGUAUUCUUGUUCCCCUUUUAAAGGAGUGAAGCAUUCACAUUUUGGUCAUCCUUCUUGAGUUUCAUGUGUUCUGUGCAUCUAGGGUAAUUCAAGCAUUUGGGCUAAUAUUCACUUAUCAAUAAGUGCAUACCAUGUGUGUUUUUCUGUGAUUGGGUUACCUCACUCAGGAUGAUAUUUUCCAGUUCCAUUCAUUUGCCUAUGAAUUUCAUAAAGUCAUUGUUUUUGAUAGCUGAGUAGUAUUCCAUGUGUAGAUGUACCACAUUUUCUGUAUCCAUUCUUCUGUUGAAGGGCAUCUAUAGUAGCUUCUGGCUACUAUAACUAAGGCUGCUAUGAACAUAGUGGAGCAUGUGUCUUCGUUAUAUGUUGGGGCAUCUUUUGAGUAUAUGCCCAGGAGAGGUAUAGCUGGGUCCUCAGGUAGUGCAAUGUCCAAUUUUCUGAGGAACCUCCAGACUGAUUUCCAAAAUGGUUGUACCAGUCUUCAAUCCCAUCAGCAAUGGUGGAGUGUUCCUCUUUCUCCACAUCCUCACCAGCAUCUGCUGUCGUCAGAGUUUUUGAUCUUAGCCAUUCUGACCUGUGUGAGGUGGAAUCUCAGGGUUGUUUUGAUUUGCAUUUCCCUUAUGACUAAAGAUGUUGAACAUUUCUUUAGGUGCUUCUCAGCCAUUCUGCAUUCCUCAGCUGUGAAUUCUUUGUUUAGCUCUGAACCCCAUUUUUAAUAGGGUUAUUUGUCUCUCUGCAGUCUAACUUCGUGAGUUCUUUGUAUAUUUUGGAUAUAAGCCAAAUUGUAGGAUUGGUAAAGAUCUUUUCCCAAUCUGUUGGUUGCUGUUUUGUCCUAACAACAGUGUCCUUAUAGAAGCCUUAUAGAAGCGUCGUAGUUUUAUGAGAUCCCAUUUGUCGAUUCUUGAUCUAGAGCAUAAGCCUUUGGUGUUUUAGUGCAUGGUACUUAUAUGUCAAUUUGCUUCUUUAUACAACACAAGUACCCAUUCAGGGAAGGCACCUCAUACACAGAGGGAUGUGCCCUCCCACAUCAAUCACUAAUUAAACAAAUGCCCUACAGCCAGGUGUGGUGGAGCACACUUUUAUACCCAGCACUGGGGAGGCAGAGGCAAGCUGAUUUCUGUGAGUUCAAGGCCAGCCUGGUAUACAUAGUGAGUUCUAGGAUAGCCAGAACUACAUAGUGAGACCCUGUUUUAAAAAAACAAAACAAGCAAAAAAGGAAAGGAGGGAGGGAGAAAGGGAGGGAAGGAGGGAGGGAGGGGAGGGGAGGGGAGGAGGAGGAAGAGGAGGAGGAGGAGGAAGAAGAGAGAGAGAGGGGGGGGGGAGGGAGAGAGAGAGAACCCACAAACAUGACAUCAGACAGCCUGGUGGGGAUGUUUUCUCAGUUAAGGUUCCCUUUUCCCAGGUGACUCUAGCUUGUGUCACGUUGAUAAUAAAAAAACUUAACUGCAUGCCCACAAAUUUAAUUUACUGAGUAGAUAUGGGACUAUUAUGUUUAUCUGCUUCUUAUGCAAAUUCUGCUAGUUUGUGUCUUUCAGGGAGUAUCUCUAUCCCAGCUAACUUGAUACAUUAAUGGCACAAAGUUAGGUGUGUGUUUCUGAUCUGUGGGACCUGUGGUCCUGUUCUCACUCACUCCUGCUGUUGAGACCGAGUGAGCUUUUCUUUUUUUUUUCCCCCUUGUUCCAUCUGGCUUUUGUAAAAUUUAUUUACCUUCUCAAAGUCAGUGCUUGGUUUUCCUAGCUAUGAGUUCAGAGGAUGCAGCCUGUCAUGGUGGAAGGAGAAAUGGCAGGGACAGCUUUCAGGUGUCCCGGGGGUGUCACAGGGAGGGUUCCAUCUCUUUUAUAAUGAGCAAGCAGAAAGAAAGGAGGACUAAGUUAUCAAUCUCAAGACCUGCCUCCCAGAAACCUACUCCCUCCAGCUAGUCCCUAUAUCUCAAAGGUUCCACAAUCUCCUUCAACCGUGCGGACAGCUGGGGACUGUGUUUCCAUACGUGAGUCUGUGAAGGGACAUCUCACCUGUAAGCCGUGCAUUCCACCUCUGGCUUCCAAGACUCAUUCAUGACCAUCUCACAAUGAAUUAUGUUUCUGAAGUCUCUACAGUUUUAUUGUCCAAAGUAUAACAUCUCCUCUGACACACAAGGCAAUCUCGUAAGUGUGAAGCCCUGAAAAAUAAGAUUAAAAAAAAAAAGGCAACACAAAGUGGUAUGGCAUGGGUGGGCAGAGGCCACCCAGAGGCCACUACUGUGUACAAGCAUGCGGUGGACGGAUGGGAGAGAAAGAGAAGCAGAACCAUUUGUGCAUUAUGAAGAGAGGCAGAACUGGAGGCAAGAGGGCGAAGAGAACCAGCCUGUUGUGAGUAGCCUGCCAUGCCACCUGAGGCCAUGGUGAAGCCCCUGCCUGUGCUGCCGCUGAGGGGCCAUGUCUGGGCCCAUGCCCAGUAUGGCUCUAUGUCUAUGUCCGUGGCUCAUAUUACCAUUAACGACCAUGCAGACAUCCCUGGUCUGGGCUGCUUCCUGGGACCAUGUUGAUGGCCAAGACAUGGCAAAAUAAACAGUCUUGACUUGUCUCCAAGUGUCCAGUGUUCUUAUUACAAAAUGAGAGUGCUCUUAUUAUAAAGUAAGGAUCACUAUUUCUCAUACAUACUUCCAAUACACAAUGGCACAGAAUAAACCUUUGAAUUCCAAAGGGAGGAAUAGGGACCCAGCCAGGAGAGACUGAAGUCCAGAGUGAAAAAUACCAACCCACUUAGCUCCGUGUCCAGCGUCUAGGACUAAUGAUGAAACCAUUUGGGAUCCAACAGCCAUGGAUGGCCCUGCUUUCCAGUCACUUUGCCUGACUCCAUUCAGUACUGGCAGCUUUCCUUGAUAGAUGCCCCAUGGCUGUGGUAUACCUAAUCUCCUGAAGUCGCUAAUACAAUCUAGGCUUCCUCUGUACAGCUUCACCUAAUAGUCCCUAAGGUACUUCUUGAAGAGAAUCCAGCCCUGCCACACAUAGUUGGUGGUUUUCUUGAACCUUGGGGCAGAUGCCCAUGACCCGAUAAGUUUUCUAUUUUGCACAUUUGCAAAAUUAGCCCUUUGAGAUCACAACUGCCAAGUUCUGCUGCCAGCUCUACGUGCACCUUGAUAGCCUUGGACCACACCUGCUGUGACCUCUGUGUGUCUGUGCAGCAUGAUCCUGGGAAAAUACUUCCUAGGUAGUUAAAACAAAGGGGGAACACUUGUUGCCACCUUUCUGUCCAAGCAUUCUCUUCCCAAUACAUUUACAUUUUAUACCUUGUAGUGGUAGGUUGAUGGGUGUGGUCUUGCCUUCAAUAUAGCUUUCCCAUUGUCCAAAUGCAGACUUCUGGCUUCUCUUUAGUUGCAUUAAUUUCUUUAGUAAUUAGUGCCGCUUUGUCCAUAGGUGCCUUAUCUGCAGCCAUAAAUUCAUUCUUGCUUCUUUCGUUGGAUGCUACACAUUUUCAUACCUUUCUGUCCUACGUUCUAUUUUUCUCCCACUGUAAAUCUUAGUAAAUGCAUCCAACAAUAGCCACUAUGUUAUUUUUAAAUAUUCUUUGCCAGACAACUUAGUUUAUUAUUGUUAUUACUAUUAUUGCUGCUGUUGUUAUUGUUGUUGCUGCUGCUGCUGCUGCUGCUGUUGUUUUCAAGACGAGGUUUCUCUAUGUAGCCCUGCCUGUUCUGGAACUCAUUCUGUAGACCAAACUGGCCUCAAACUCACAGAUUCACCUGGCUCUGCCUCCCGAGUGCUGGGUUUAAAGGCAUGUAGCACACUGCCCAGCUAAUCUAGUAUUAUUUUUUAAUUCAGCCAUAUUCAAGUAGUCAGAAUAACUACAGAACACAGCCACAGUCUUUGUCAAAAUGUAACACAAAUGGUCAUUAGUUCAAUUCCUGAUGGAGUCCUUAUUCUCAGAAGCCACAUGCACACAGUUCUCAGUGCCUAAAUUAUUAUGGACAGUCAGGUCUUCAGGGCUCCCACUCAAGUUGCCCAGUAAAGUCUUCUUACAGUAUUUUAGGGCUUUGGUAGCUCACAACUACAAACUCAUUCAUAUCCACUCCAAAACCAAUCCCAAAGUACAUGGUCAGGUUUAUCACAGAAGUUGCCCCACUUCUGGUACCAGUAUUCUGUAUCGCUUCCUUUUUGCUGCUGUGACAGCAUACAUAAUGAAAACAACGUAAAGAAGGAUUGCUUAUUUGGAGUUAUAAUUUGGAUGGAUUCAUCAUAAGAGGAGAGGCAUGCAGUGGGAGGGCUAUGUGGUGGCCCAUUACUUCUGGGAAGUAGAGGAAGCAGAGACAGGACAGGAAUUGAACAGAGCUAGAACAUACAACUCAAGACUUGCCCUCCAGUGACCCACUUCUGCCCACCAGACUGACUUCAUCUCUCAAAGGGCACAAAAUAUCCCCCCAAAACACCCUCUGGGGAAUCAAGUGUUCAAUACAUGUCACAUUCAAGCCACAGCGCCUUAACCAUUUUAAGGUGCAGAGUUCAAGGGAAAACCAAAUCAACAAAUUCACUUUGCUAUGCAGUCAUCACUGCCAUCCGACUCCAGAGUGUCCUCGCCUUCUAAAAUUAUGAUCCAUUAAGCCUGAGUGCAAUUCCUUCUCCCAACCCCUGCCCCACCACACCUAUUGUGAUGGUUAAUCUUGACUGUCAACUUGACUGUCACCUAGAAAACACUUAUGUGUCUGUGGGUCUGUGAUGCUGUUUCUAGAGACGCUUAAGUGAAGAAGAUUCACCCUGAAUGUGGUGGCACCAUCCUGUGUCUGGAGUUCUCCAUAGACUAAAGAGAAGAAAGGGAGCUGAGUGUCAGCAUUCAUCUUCUGCUUCUUAGAUACAGUGUAACCAGCUGCCUUGAUCCUGCUUUGCCACUGUGACCCACUGUGCCCUUGCACUGUGUGCCAGAUGAACACUUCCUUCCUUAAGUUGCUUCUUGUCAGACACUUAGGCACAGCAGGUAAGGCAAGUAUCUGAUACUCAUUAUCCCACCUAUGUGUCCUGAAACAUGAUGGCUUCAGGGACUUCAUAGAGACUGAGUCACAUGGUACCUUCCCCUCUUAUUUUUUGUGGGGCAAACACAAAAUAAGCAUAAGCAAAUAAAAUUUAUUUUUAUGCAUGUUUCUUAUCUAUCUGUCUAUCUAUCCAUCCAUCCAAUCACCCACCCAUCUAAUCUUAUCUAUCUAUCUCUAUCUAUCUAUCUAUCUAUCUAUCUAUCUAUCUAUCUAUCUAUCUAUCUAUCUAUCUAUCUAUCUAUCUAUCUAUCUUUACUUGGGCCUGCAGAGAUCAGAAAAGGAUGUCAGUCCCAUGGAGCUAGACUUGCACACGGUUGUGGGCUAUUUGAGUGGGUGCUGGCUGGGAGUCAAACUUUGCUCCUCUGGAAAAGCAAGUGCUCUUAACCACUGAGUCAUCUCUCUAGUACUUGUCCUUUUUGUGAUUAGUUUAGUGCAUUUAAUAUUGUAUCCUAAAAGCCUAUCAAUUUCCCAAAUUUUUCCUUUCUCUUCUGUCUUCUGCCUCACUAAGUAGACUAAGCUGAUCUCAAAUUUGUGAUCCUCUGGCCUGGCCUCCUAUGUGCUGGAUUUUAGGUAUGCAUCACCACAUUCGAAUAGAAUGCCCACCCUCCCUCCUUUCCUUUCUUCCUUCCUUCUUUCCUUCUUUCCUUCCUUCUUUCCUUUUGCUCUCUCUCUCUCUCUCUCUCUCUCUCUCUCUCUCUCUCUCUCUCUCUCUUUCCUUCUUUCUUUUUCUUUUUGCAACAAGAACUAACAUAUCUCAGGCUGGCCUUGAACUCACUAAGUAACCAAGGAUGACCUUCUGCCUCCAUCUUCUGAGUGCUGGGAUGACAGGCAUGAAUACAAUGUCUGGUUUCUGAAGUGUCAAGGACUGAAUCCAAGGCUUAGAUCAUGCUAGGUGAACAUAUUAUCAAACUGAGCUACAUCUCCAGACCCCCUUGACCUUUAAAAAUUGUACUGAUUGAGUGCUUUGUUGAUUAGGUAUGUGUGUGUAUGUGUACCACAACACACAUGUCAAGGUCAGAGGUCAAGGUCGGUUCUCUUCUUCCACUCCAUGGUUCCCUGCCAUCUAAGGCAGAAUUUCAGACUUGGUGGCAAGCACCAUUUACCUACUGAGCCAUCUCACUGUCCCCCCACCAUUUAAAAAGGCGGUUAUUUCUUCCUAUAUGUAUGGGUGUCUUGCCUCUGUGUAUGUCUGUGCACCGUGCCCAUGAAGUGCCCACAGAGGCCAGAGGAGAGCAUAGGAUCUCCUGUAACUGGAAUUACAGACAGUUGGGACCCGUCUUGUGGAGGUUAGGAACCCAACUCAGGGCCUCUGCGAAAGGAGCAGUCACUGAGCCAUCUCUCCAGUCCUACCCUCUCCUUCAUUUUGAAGAACGGACUGAACUACAUUCCGCUUAUCCAUUUAUCCAGCAGCGGACGUAGGCUUCCUUCGCCUUUGACUAAUUUGAGCCAUGCUGCUGUGAACAGAUGUACCUGGAUUGUGUCAUCUCCUUGGGUGUCUCUGCACACGAAUGAUUUUUUCUGCAUGUGUGCGUAUGCAUCAUUUUCCUCUGACUAAGAAUGUUUUUUUCCUUUCCUGGUUUCACACAAUACGAUUGUGAUGUGUCUUCUUUGUUCUCAGAUUUUGCUGAGCUCUCUGGAUCUGUGGGCUUAUGAUUUUUAUCUAACUUGGAAAUUUUUCAGCUCUUUUCCUCUCCGGUUGUAUUUUCUGUCUUAUUUCUCGUUCUCAUUCAGGAGCUACCGUGAGCGUUCGACACUGCGCCUCUCCUCACCGUGUCUGUCUGCUCUGACCUUUGGGUGCCACCCACUUCUGUGCCUUCAAAUUCAUUAACCUUUCCUUCCACAGCAUCCAAUUUGCCACUGGUGCAUUUUUCCAUUCCAGAUGCUGGCGUUCUUGUUCAUCUCCAGAACUUCAGGGCUUGCCUUCCCUCAUGUAAUCACCCCCUGUGCCUCCGCUUAACAUUCAGCCUGUGAAACCCAGUCAGAGUAAUAUUUUGCUGACCUUGUCUGUGACUGUUUGGUGAUAUUGUUCACCCCACACAGUUCCUUUUUGUCAUAGAAAUGAGGAAAGUUACUGAGAGAGUUGGGUAUUAGACACUGCAACUUAAAUCUUUAAAAAAUUUUUUUAAAAAAGAUUUAUACAGUGUGUGUGUGUGUGUGUGUGUGUGUGUGUCCACACAUAUGGAUGCCCACAGAGGGUUGAAGGCAUUUAAUCCCCUAGAGCUAGGAAGUUGUAAGCCAUGGGUGUGGGGAACUGACCUCUGGUCUUCUUGAAAGACCAGUAGCUGUUCUUAACCACUAAGCUCCUACUCUAACUCCCAUCUUUUUCUUUUUAGCUUUGAUUUUAUUUCCCCUAUUUCCCCUCCCGUGUCUGUGUGUGUGUGUGUGUGCAUAUGUCUCUAUGUCUGUAUAUGUUUGUGUGUAUGUAGAUCUGUAUAUAUGUGUGUGUGUGUGUGUGUGCGUGUGUGUGUGUGCAUGUUUGUAUGCAUAUGUGUAUACACAUAUGUGUGUUUGUAGGAUGUAUAGGUGUGUAUAUAUGUAUGUUUGUGUAUGUGCAUGUGCACAUAGAAGCAGUGCAUGUUUGUAUGUAUAUAUUUGUAGGUGCACACAUUUGUGUGUGGUGUGUGGGGGGGGUAAGUGUUUACAUGUGUGCAUGUGUGCAUGUGUGCAUGUGUGCACAUGUGCACAGAGACCAGAAAUCAAACUCAGGUGUAUUUCUCUGGAGGUGGGGGUUUUUUGAGCAUGGUUUCUCUGGGACCUAGGCCCAGCAAGCUUUAGGGAUCCACCUGUCUCUGUUUCCCCAGGACUGAUAUUACAUGCACACCACCACACUCUGCUUUUUGCAAGGGUUCUGGGCUUCUGCCUGCAUAGCAAGCACUUUAUUGACUGAGCCCUCCUUUCAGCCCUUGACUUUAGAGAGAGCUACAUGUCACCUGGGUCUUCAUUUCUGCCUUUGUUGCAUCUACCCUAUGCACUAAGGUAAGGGACACUACCUUUCUAGGUUGUCCUGCCAUAGGUAGGGUCAUCCAAGAAUAUUUGCUGUUGUAUAUAUGGAAGCUACCAUUCCAUGGUACAAUGUCUGAUGAUUUGGUAGAGGUGUCCUCUACCAGCAGAACGAGUGGAUUCUUCUUAGUGGCACUGUCCACUUACAGAGCAUGGCUUGGAACCAAGCUGCUCUACAAGGCAUCAGUGAGGGUCUCAGGGUGUCAUAAUGGUAGGCUGGCCAUCUAUGCCAAGCCAGCUGAUCCUCUGCCUGUCAUUCACCAGCAAACUUGGGGAGUUUCCCCUUUUGUUCUGUGAGACCUAUGGAUGGUGUAGAAUGUAGGCUCCAUUGCUAUCUGAGUGUCUCAGAACCAACUGAUGAAAAGAGUGUAGUUGUAUUUGCACCAUUCCCAAGGGGAUGGCAUGGAGCAGAAAGGGAGCCACACAGGCAGAUGGCUCUCAGUACAGCAUGUGGAAAGCUGAGACUGAAUCCCAAGGGCUGGAUCUGAUCUGACUGGGUUUGUCCAGGCUGUCCCUGCUUGGAGGUGGAGCUCAGAGAGUGGGAGGCAAACUCCAUACUCAGGAAAUUAAAGUAUACGUGGGGCAGCCUCCAAGGGCAAAGUGGAGAUCUAGUUGAAGAGGUCAGGUCACAGAUGGAAGGCUAGGGGAAAGGGAUGGUACCAAUGUGGCUGACCUGUCAUGAGUGCAGCAACUUCCCUGUGAAGGAAACCUGGGAGGGACAUGGACUAAGGGAGAAGAAGGACAAGAUCAGCCUGCCAUGAAUUAAUUUUGGGGAAUGGUGGGGCUUGAGUUUCACUCCCAUGUCACAUGAAUAGAAAUUGUGGCUUGUAUCAGGAGCUUUGCCUGCUCUUGUCCUGUCCCAAAGCUAGAGGGGCAGGAAGGAUGGCCCAGUGGUUAAGAACACUAGUUCUUAGCCACUCUUCCAGAGGUCCCAGUCACACUUGUUGCUCUUCCAGUAAAACCAGGUUCAAUUCCCAGCACCCAUAUAGUUGCUCACAACUUCUUCAGUUCCAGAGAAUCUGAGGCUCUCUUCUUGCCUCUGUGGGUGCUGCACAUACAUACAUGCAAGCAAAACACCCACACCAUAAAAUAAAAUAAAUAUUGGAUUUAAAAAUCAUCAACUAUUAAAGCAGUUAAAAAGGUGGAGAUCCAGGCUGAGAUGGCUAAGUUGGUAAAGUGCUGACGGCGCGUGGGCCUGGGUUUGAACUCCAGAAUCUACUUUAAAAAGCCAGGCAUGCUAACCUGUGAUCCCAGCACUGAGAAGACAAAGUCAAAAGGAUCCCUGGCACUUGCUGGCUAGUCAGCACCUGAUAUAAGUCAGUGACAAACCCCACCUUAAAACAAAACAAACAAACAAGCAAGCCAAACAACAACCAAAAAAGGAGAUGGCACAACAGCCAAGGUUGUCCUCUGGCACAUAUUCUCCUAUACACAAUGCACAGUGCACCCAGACAGCCUCAUACACACUCCUAUGCACACAGUGCACAUGUGUACCCACAUCCACAUAGACAUGUACACACACACACAGACACACACGCACACACACACACAGACACACACACACACACAUCAAAAUUAAAAUAACAUUUUGUAGUGUGUAAACAGGACCGGAAGUUCCAGACAGUGUCUGUACUUCUUUUCCUGGGAAACAUUUAUUCUUGGUGUUUUUGUAAUGUCUGUGGCAGCAUUUGCUCCCUAGAAGUCCAGGGCAUGUGACAAUGACUGUGUAGCCUGCAAAAGAUGAUUUGUUAUCAGGUUCUCAGAAAAAGCUGUUUUUGUCCCCAUGCUUGAGAGCUCAAGGAUAGAUUCACACAGCCAGGGACAAAUGACCCCUGCAAAGGAGAGAUACCAAGGAGCCGGCAGGGCACAUGCCAUGGCAAAGUCUUCCUUCCGGCUGUUUUCUGAGACAUAAUCAUACACCACACACUUCAUUGAACCAUUCAACCACAGCCAUGUAAGCGUCAGCAUAGUCAGCCUGUGUGUGUGCGUGUGUGUGUGUGUGUGUGUGUGUGUGUGUGUGUGUGUGUGUGUGUGUAUGCACGUGUGUGUGUGUGCCAUAGCAGAUUCUCCAGAUUGUGUGGAGAUCAGAUUCUCCAGAGCAUCAGUCUUUGACUUUUACCUUCGUGAGGCAAGGUCUCUUUGUUGUUGUGUAUUCUAGGCUAGCUGGCCCUUGAGCUUACAGUGAGUCUCCUCUCCAUCUCCCAUCUCGUCAGAGCAAUGCUGAGGCCACAGGAAUGUGCUCUCAUGCCAGGCUUUACACGGGUUCUAGGGAUGCAACUUCAGGCCACUGUGCUUGCACGGCAAGUACUUAAUCUGCUGAGCCAUUUCCCCAAGCUCCUUAGAACAUGGUGAUUAAAAGGAAAUUCAUACCCUGUAGCCACUACCUCCCCCUCAUUCUUGUCCCCGUGUCUAUUUCUGUCUCUGUGGAUUGGCCUAUUCUGGACAGUUCUUGUAAAUGAUGUCAUGUAAUAUGUGAUCUUUCGGUUUUUCCUUCUUUCACUCGUUCCUGUCUACCAACACCAUGAUGCCAACCAGUGUUGUAUCUCGUCUCUUGGCUGAAUAAUAUUUCCUUCUGAGUCAGCUCUUGCUUUAUCCAUUCAUUUGUCUGUUGAUGGACAUUUGGCUGUUCCAAAGCAUCUACAUGAAGACCACGCGGAUAAGGAUAGAGCCAGACUCCAGGUCCCACUAAAGAGACAAACGAGACACUCGUGAGCAGGAGAGAACUGCUUCUGAACAAGGGCACUGCCACCAUGUUGAAUGAUGGCAACAGUCAGAGUUCAGAGGGUGUGGGUAAAUGAAGUUAAGAAAUGAGGGCACACCUAGGGAGACACCAAUCCCUAGGGAACUGUCACCUUUAAGCUGAGGAGAGCAGACUGGGCUUGCAGGAAGUAAGAGGGCCAGGAUGAGAGAGGGAGGCCAAGGUGGGAAAGGUGCUGAGUGGGGUGAGACACUGGCUUUAUAGAAGUAGGUUAUGUAGCAGCCUGGGAGGAAGGAAAUAUGGCGAGACCUCUGAAAGGGUUGUGAGUCUCAACAGAGAGAUUUGGAGUCUUGGGUCUUAAGGGGUCUUGCAAGCUCUGCUCCGGAGAUGUGGAGAUCUAGGUGAAAAAGCUAUAAAACCUGUGAAAAACGAUGACCAGUCAGCAAGGUCCCUGUUUCCAUAGGUUAAAUGUAGCUCUCAGUCAUCAUCAAAUAAGCUUCCUUUUACAGCACAUGAGGACCGUUACAGAAAUCCAUAAAUGGUCAAAAUGUAGAGAACAACUGGCUGUGGGUUACCUACCCCAUCUGAUGUAUUUAUUCGGCCAUCUCCAUACAAACAACUCAGGAAACAUGGAGGAAGAAGGGGCAGAAAGAUGAAAAGAGUCAGAGGGUCAGGAAGUCUGUGAUAGUCUAGUGUCCUCUACACAUGGCCAGGGAGUGACCCCUAUGAGAUCUCAGCAAUGCGGUUGCCUACACAAGACCUGAAAAAUGACAUCAUCAACUGAUCAAUGCCAAUGUGGAUGGGGAACAAGGCUCCACCCCUAGCUGAAGAACUGUGGGCAAAUAAAGCUGCUCUCGGUGGGAGAAUCUGUUUUCUCCAGGGACGAGCUCCCUGGUAGGUUAUCCGAUUCCAAGUGGUCAGUUCUAAUCACAUAGGAACAACACUGUGGAUUCAGGGGGGUGUGUACCUGCGCAAACCACUAAUAAUUAAAGAAGAGGUCACAAGUUUGGGAGGGGGCGGGGCAGACGAUGUGGGAAUUGGAGUGGGGAGGAGUGGUGGAAUGAUAUAAAUACAGUUCUCAUGUAUGAAAUUCUUUUUAAAAAAUGAAUUAAAAAAUCUAGUUGAAGGCUAGGUAGAUGACCAGGACUGGUGGCUGUUUUCCAGUCCCCAGCUGAACAGGACUUGAACAUCCCCAACAGAGUGAUGGCCACCGUCCCACAGGGUCUCAAGAGUAAUAACCUGCGUGGACCUUCACCAAGGCGGGGCUCUGGGACUGUCACUGCCCUUACUAUGCAGCCUUCACUUGGUGUGCAGAGUGAAGGACGUCUCUCUCCAUUGUGAGCUUGACAAGAAAGAGUCAGGGAAGGAAGCGUGUGGAGAAAUGGCUCAGUAGUUAAGAGCACCUGGGAGGCGUCCCCAGCUGUCACAUGGAGGCUCACCGCCAUCCGAAACUCCAGUUCUAGGAGACCUGACACUUCCGUCUGACCUCUGCAGGCACAAAGCAUGCACAUGUUGCAUAGACAUACUUGCACUCACAUACAGAUGUGUGUGUGUGAGUGUGUGUGAGUGUGUGUGUAUGUGUGUGUGUGAGUGUGUGUAUGUGAGUGUGUAUGUGUGUGUGAGUGUGUGAGCAUGUGUGUGAGUGUGUGAGAGUGUGUGUGUGUGAGUGUGUAUGUGUGUGUGAGUGUGUGAGCGUGUGUGUGAGUGUGUGUGUAUGUGUGUGUGAGUGUGUGUAUGUGAGUGUGUAUGUGUGUGUGAGUGUGUGAGCGUGUGUGUGAGUGUGUGUAUGUGUGUGUGAGUGUGUGUAUGUGAGUGUGUAUGUGUGUGUGAGUGUGUAAGCGUGUGUGUGAGUGUGUGUGUAUGUGUGUGUGAGCGUGUGUGUGAGUGUGUGUGAGAGUGUGUGAGUGUGUGUGUGAGUGUGUGUAUGUGAGUGUGUAUGUGUGUGUGAGUGUGUGUGAGAGUGUGUGUGAGUGUGUAUGUGAGUGUGUGUGUGUGUGAGUGUGUAUGUGUGUGUGAGUGUGUGAGCGUGUGUGUGAGUGUGUGUGUAUGUGUGUGUGUGAGUGUGUGUAUGUGAGUGUGUAUGUGUGUGAGAGUGUGUGUGAGUGUGUAUGUGAGUGUGUGUGUGUGUGUGUAUGUGUGUGUGAGUGUGUGUAUGUGAGUGUGUAUGUGUGUGUGAGUGUGUGUGAGUGUGUGUGAGUGUGUAUGUGAGUGUGUGUGUGUGAGUGUGUAUGUGUGUGUGAGUGUGUGAGCGUGUGUGUGAGUGUGUGUGUAUGUGUGUGUGUGAGUGUGUGUAUGUGAGUGUGUAUGUGUGUGAGAGUGUGUGUGAGUGUGUAUGUGAGUGUGUGUGUGUGUGUGUAUGUGUGUGUGAGUGUGUGUAUGUGAGUGUGUAUGUGUGUGUGAGUGUGUGUGAGAGUGUGUGUGAGUGUGUAUGUGAGUGUGUGUGUGUGUAUGUGUGUGUGAGUGUGUGAGCGUGUGUGUGAGUGUGUGUGAGAGUGUGUGUGAGUGUGUAUGUGAGUGUGUGUGUGUGUAUGUGUGUGUGUGAGUGUGUGUAUGUGAGUGUGUAUGUGUGUGUGUGUGUGUGUGUGUGUGUGUGUGUGAGAGAGAGAGAGAGAGAGAGAGAGAGAGAGAGAGAGAGAGAUCUGGGAAGGAAUCUGGUGAUGUGGCUCAGUUGCUAGAUUGUCUAGAAUGUGACCUAGCAUGUAUCAUAUAUGGGACCCUGGGUUCAAUCUCAAGCAUCACAUACAAUGGGUAUGGUGGUACAUGCCUAUAAUCUAUCUGGGGAUAGAAGAAGAUGGAUAAGAAGUUCUAAAGUUCACAGUCAUCCUCAGCUACAUAGUGAAUUACGCGCUAGCCUAAGCUACAGGAGACCCUCCCACCACCACCACCACCACCCCUAAAUGGAGAGAAAGUACAAAAAAAAAAAAAAAACCUUAGGGAAAGGCAGGGAGGCAGGGCAAGGAAGCAGUGGGCUCUGAACAGGGAGGGUCUGCGGAUCAAACCUCCUCAAGGCGCCAGGAUACAAACUUUUUGCAUUUCUUUUGUAUGUGUGUAUGCAUGCUCAUGUGUGUAAGGAUAGGCACAGCAGUGUGUAUGGGGGUCAGAGGAUGUCUUGGAUGAUGGUCCUUCCCUUCCAGCCUGUUUGAGAUAGAAUCUGUUGUUCAUUUUUGCAGUCCUGGGGCUAGCUAGCCUGGGAGUUUGAAGGGAUUCUCUUGUUCCCUUCUUCCCCUCUUGGGUUUAUAUGGGUUCUGAGGAUUUGAACUCAGGUCCUCAGAGCACGUACUUUACUAAAAACCUCCCCAGACCAACUGCUUCCUUCCAUUUCUAUUUGGAUUGCUCCAAACGGCAGAGAAGUGACUUGACUCAUCCAAGGGCUCUUAGCAGACACCCAGGAAGUUUCGACUCACAGCCCACUUCCCACAGCAAGGUGGUCACAACGCUAGUUUAGGAAGAUACAGUCUCGAAGAAUCCUGGAGAGUCACCUAGCCAGCAGGCAGCCCCACACUGGCAGUAAAGGCUCCAUAGCAGUGUGAAAGCAGAAAGAAGUGCUGGUUUUGGUAGCCCUCCCCCAGUCAUAUACUUACAAGGAAAGUAACUCCAGGUUACUGCCCGCUGGAUCGACCACUUGAACCCUAGUGGUCGUGCUUGGCUCAUGAGUGUCUAGUCAUUUGAAGGGAAAAAUGGGCUUGCUAUGGCCUUGAGAGCACAGUUCUGGGACAGUGGGACAAAACUGAGACUUUUCCAAGGUUAGUGCAUGUCUUUUCCCCUUUAACCCUCCCUCUACCGGCCUCAGGGGAAGGAUGGGACUGAGAGGCCUGCUGGAAUCCUAAGAAGUGUUAUUGAACAAAAAGCCUGGGAACUGAAUAGAACUAGUCUGGAUGGAUUCAGGAGGCACCAUCAGGAAAAGAGACCCAGACUUGGAGAGCUGGCUGUAAAGUGCAGAUAGAUGACAGCGUGAGAAAGGAGGGGGCAGAGUGGGCUUGAUUGUAUUCUCUCAGGUCAGGGCACCUGGUCCUGGAGAUCCUUAAAACCAGAGGCGGGGGGUGUGCAUGAGGGACUAUAUGGGUAAAGGUGCCAGGAACAUGAAAUUUCCCAUUAUAGGUGAGGACCACUCCUCAAGCUCUCCUCACAUGAAAGGGGGCACAGGUGUGCUCCUACAAUGUGUGGACACACGGGUCCUGGAGGAGGAGCAGGGUGGGGCGGAGUGGGCGUGGAGCCUUGUGCGAGACACUCCCCCAUCUUUGGAGCCACGCGCCAGGCGUACGCUUCCUUCUGCCCCAGCAUAGGACCGCGCCAAUUGUCAUUGGCCAAACGGGUGAUCCCAGAUUGGCUGAGACCCCGGCUCCCGCCUCCUCCGCCAGGGGGGAGGGACAUGGGUGCAGGUUUGUGGCUCGUGCAACCCUAGGGGGUCGCGCUCUUCUACCUCUUUGGCCACCGCAAAGCCUAGUCCGUUCUUCACCCGGCUGCAAGCGCUAGGUGUACGGAGACCUGGCAGCUCUUGGGGCUUAAGGACUGAGCACCAGAGCCGGUGGAGGUUCCUGUGGAGUACAUUCGGACCCUCUCACAGCCCCCGAGAGUGCGGGACGUGCGGAGCGCAGUUCGGGAUCUGCACUCGAGGACUUGUCGAGGACGCAUUAAGCUAAGCAUCUGCUCGGAGCAUGGAAUCGCACUUUAACUGGUACGGGGUCCCAAGGCUCCAGAAGGCUAGCGACGCGUGCCCUAGGGAAUCCUGCAGCAGUGCCCUGCCUGAGGCCCGUGAAGGUGCGAACGUCCACUUCCCACCGCACCCGGUUCCUCGCGAGCACUUUUCCUGUGGCGCACCGAAACCCGUAGCGGGGGCCCCGGCGCUGAAUGCAAGCUUGAUGGACGGCGGCGCGCUGCCCAGACUCGUGCCCACCUCGUCUGGAGUCGCUGGAGCCUGCACUGCUCGGCGGAGACCCCCGUCCCCGGAACUGCUUCGCUGCAGCCGACGGCGGCGAUCGGGAGCAACGGAGGCCAGCAGCAGCUCGGCGGCCGUGGCACGCCGCAAUGAGCGUGAGCGCAACCGCGUAAAGCUGGUAAACUUGGGCUUCCAGGCGCUGCGGCAGCACGUGCCGCACGGCGGCGCCAACAAGAAGCUGAGUAAGGUGGAGACGCUGCGCUCCGCGGUAGAGUACAUCCGUGCGCUGCAGCGGCUGCUAGCAGAGCACGACGCGGUGCGUGCUGCGCUCUCUGGGGGUCUAUUAACACCCGCUACUCGGCCGUCCGAUGUGUGCACGCAGCCCUCCGCCUCCCCUGCCAGCGCGUCUCUGUCCUGCACCUCUACAUCCCCAGACCGCCUAGGCUGCUCCGAGCCUGCCUCUCCGCGCUCCGCCUACUCGUCGGAGGACAGCAGCUGCGAGGGAGAGACUUACCCGAUGGGGCAGAUGUUUGACUUUUCCAAUUGGUUAGGGGGCUACUGAGCACCCCACACCCCUAAGCUGCGUCCCUGGGUGUCCCCUGGUGGACCUACCUGCGUUUCUUGCCCAGGAAACCUGGGCCCAUGCCUUACCCAUGCUGUCUAGUGCAGCCUGACCAAAUGCCAAGUACUGACCUCUGCUCGGCCUCCACGCCGCGGAAUGACAUCUUCCAUCUCCCAGUCCUUGCCGAACCAGGACUUGGAAAUUUCUCAGGAGAAAGAAUUUUACAAUGACAAUCUGCUUUUUAUCAAUUAACUUGAACUGCUGGAGGACUCUGCUGAAAAUAUGAAGAAUUAUUUUUAUACAAAGGAUCCUUAAGCUUGGAGCACAAUAAAGAUGACCUCUGUCUCUCACCCCCACUGUCUAGAACUUUCCAACCUGGCCAAAGUGUGGACGGGUCGGGCCCUGAGGGCAAGAUGCCUGGCUGCACCCUUCUUCCUCUUCCGAAGCCUAUCCUGACGCUGAUGUUUGGCCAGUGUGGGAACCCUGCUAUUGCAAAGUGUACUAUUCUAUAAAAGUUGUUUUUCAUUGGUG